UCCCAACACGAAGGGUGCGAUGCUGACAAACACCGGCAAAUAUGCAAUACCGGUUAUUAAUGCGGAAGCUUAUGCUAGAGGAAAGAGGGAAAGGCCUCCAUUUUUACCAGAGGAGCCAUCCUCCUCCUCUUCUGAUGGUCCUAUUCCGGAUGAGCUGUUAUGUCUCAUUUGUAAAGAUAUAAUGACUGAUGCAGCUAUUCUUCCCUGCUGUAGAAGCAGUUAUUGUGACGAAUGUAUUAGAACAGCAUUGCUGGAGUCUGAGGAAUUUACAUGCCCAGCGUGUCAUCAGACAGAUGUUUCUCCUGAUGCUUUAGUUGCCAACCAGAGCCUACGCCAGGCUGUGAACAACUUCAGAAAUGGAGCUGGCUACACAAAAAGGCUCCGUAAGCAGAUUCAGCAGCAGCAGCAGCCGCCGCCACCACCUGCAGCACCACUCACGACUGUUAUCCCUCCUGCUGCUUUGGUGACUGCCGCUGAACUGCCUCCAUCUUCCUCUCUGUCAAUCCGCAGCUUGUUGGAAGAGAAGGGCUCUCAAGUUCCUGUACGAAGACAGCUAGCGCUACCAAGUCUUCUGGGCUCCCAAGGGCAAUCGGUACCCACAGCUGGUCAUCCGAGGGCAGACAGUACCAUCCACUCACCAGGUGCCAGAACAAGCUGUGAACUGAGUUCGCAUACCUACUCCAAGCCAAGAUCAGGUCCUUCCUGCACUGGCUGCUACUCUGGCUCACGCAGUUGUUCCCAUUCACAUUCCAACUUGCCAUCACCACAGUAUCCAAGAAGAAGCAGGAGGAAGAGUCGUGACUAUUCCAGGAGAAGGUCACAUGGUCGUCACUGUUCAAGGUCAAGGUCCCCCCAGCAAAGAAGACACCACUGAUGGUCAAGGACCUGCCCCAGCCCUCUCCCCAUCCCUGUUUCUUGUUCCAUUCAUUAAAAGGUCUGGGUGUUUGCUUCA